UGUCUUGGAUGUUUUUGGUUCAUUGAAUGCAGAAGAUAGGCAAAUAUUUUAUAUUAAUCGAAGAAGAUUAGGAAUUGGAUGAACUUCUUGUUGUGCACUGCUAGUAGUUUGGCCUUUGUUAGAUGCUAUCUUGAUUGUUUUGGUGGAGAAGCAAGUGGCUGAUUGAGAGUUUGAACCAUUGAAUAGAUGACUUGGAGACAAUGCAUAGCCAUUUGUAUAGCUUCAUUAAAUUUGAGGCACAAUAGUGCACUUAUGUAUUAGCAAAAUUCUUACUUUUAGUGAAUGGAGCCAAAUGUCUCUGUGCGUGUCAGAAAGGGUAUCCAACCUAUGUUCAACUAUCUCCAUUUGCUCCUCCUAAGGGAUAUGCAUGCUGAGCCAGGCACCAUUGUAGAUAGAGAUGCAGUUCAGUUUUGAAGGACUUGGAUGGUCAUUUUUCUUGCUGAAUAGAUCUAGUGAUGAAAUAAUGGUUGCCCUAAGUAGUCCUACAAAAGGGCUUUGUAGACAGAAAACCGAGUCUUCUUUCCAAGGUCUUAUUCCCAAGAAAAAGAUUGUUGAGUUUUGUCGGGUUUCGGGCAUAUGGUUUCCUAAAUAUAUUCCUUGACACUUGGUGGUUCAAGCUUGAUGAAUUUUUAAACAGAUUGUUUGUUGCCGGUAUUAAAAUUGUUGAGGAAGAGGUAGCUUCAACAGCAAGGCUAGUGAGCUAGACGGGGUUCCUUUUUACAGCUGUAGUAACCACUGGAGCCGGAUUUCUCAGUUCUUUCGCUCCCAAUUAUUUAUCGUUAAUUAUUUUACGAUUUAUGGUCGGUAUUGGACUGGGUGGUGGUCCUGUGCUUUGUUCUUGGUUUCUGGAGUUUGUUCCAGCUCCAAAUAGAGGCUUUUGGAUGGUCAUCUUUCAAGCGUUUUGGACUGUUGGCACAAUAUUGGAGGCAUCACUUGCAUGGGCUAUAAUGCCAAAUUUUGGCUGGAGGUGGUUGCUAGCAUUGUCUUCUUUACCAUCAUUUCUCCUGCUAGUAUUUUAUGCUGUCACACCUGAGUCACCAAGGUAUCUCUGCAUGAAAGGCCGAACAGUUGAUGCAAUGCAUGUCUUGGAGAAGGUGGCCAUACUGAACCAUGUGUCGCUCCCUUCUGGCAUGCUUAUUUCUGAUCACAAAAUCGAACUUGAUGAAAUACCCAAUCCUUCGGGCUUUGAUCUUGAUGAAAAUCCCAGCCCUUCUGAAGUCACUGGUUUAGUUACAGUUAUGAAGGAAAACUCCAAUGAGGAGGAUAUGGAUUCUAAAAUAGGAGGCAUCGGUGCAUUUUUUAGGCUUCUAUCACCAAAAUUAAUCAGAUCAACUCUUCUUCUUUGGAUGGUUUUCUUUGGGAAUGCAUUUUCAUAUUAUGGCAUUGUCUUGCUGACCUCUGAGUUAAGUAAUGGAAAUAGGAUAUGCACAUCAAAUGAGAUGCAGUCAAGCCACUCAAAUGGUGCCCGCCUCUACAAAGAUGUAUUCAUCGCUAGCUUUGCUGAGAUUCCUGGACUUGUUUUAUCAGCUGCAAUGGUGGAUAGGAUUGGUCGCAAGCUUUCAAUGUCUGCCAUGCUUUUUAUAAGUUGCAUUUUCUUAUUCCCACUGGCAUUUCAUCAGACAGAAGCAUUAACAACAGCCCUUCUAUUUGGUGCUCGAAUCUGCAUCUCAGGGAGCUUCACAGUCGUGUACGUCUAUGCUCCAGAGAUAUACCCAACCUCCGUCAGGACUACUGGCAUAGGAACCGCAAGUUCGGUGGGAAGAAUCGGUGGGGCUGUGUGUCCACUUGUGGCUGUCAGUCUGGUACAUGCCUGCCAUCAGACUCUGGCAAUUAUUUUAUUUGAACUUGUAAUAUUCCUUUCAGGAAUGGCCGUGUGUUUCUUCCCCUUUGAAACCAGUGGCCGCAGACUGAGUGAUUCUUUGUCAGUUUCAGGUGCCGUGAUUUCUAAUGAUUUGUCUCAUGGAUGCUUUUUAAGUCAUGAGUGGCUGCAGCAUGGGUUCACAACCACAAGCCCAGAAAAUAUCACCAGCCAAUAUAAUUAUGACAUCUCUGCAGCUUUCUACGAGAGUUUGUUUGUGAAGCUGGUUUUCUUAGAUAUUGUACCCGAGUCCUCAUUGUAAUAGACACUAGUACCACGACUCACUGGUGAAGGAAAGAAUCAUAACUCAAAGCAUAUUUUUAUGUCACAUGAAACAGUAACUCAUGAUUACUCUAGCAAUCUCUCUUUGUGUUUAUCCCUCGGUUUGUUAAAAGCAUUUUGCAUUCUUUUGUGUAAUAGCAGGAUUUCUGCAGUCAACCGUUUGCCAUUCAAACCAGAUGGAUAUUUUCUUAUGCAAGUAGACAGCUUCACACCACUGCAACAUGGUUAUUAUAAGGUUGGGUCCAUGGUGAUUGCGAUGCUUCCCCACAUCCUUGCAUGUAAACUAUUUGGCAUGCGGUAGACCGAUUACAUGGUUUCAGGAUCAUGAGAAUAUACAUGAUGAGGGGCAACCAGUCAGCUGAUUGUUAAUGGUUAGAGCGAGCAUAGCUAAAAUUUUUCUGUUUGUAU